AUGAAAAGCGUUCUCUGGCGGCAGUUUACCAUUCUCUUCUGGAAGAACUGGAUCGUUUUGUUCAAGCACCCAUUCCUGAAUUUCCUUCGGUGCUUCGCCUUGCCUAUCGGAUUUGGGAUAUUUCUUGCAGUUGCGCAGUUAUUCCUAACAAAACCCAGCAACUUUGGCAUAGGAAAUCCCAUAUCCAUAUAUUCUCUGACACAGGCGCUUAAACCUGACUACGCAUUGCUAUGGGCUGAUGGCACGGACGGAACUAGUGACCCUUCGCCAGCAAGUAUCAUCGCUCGAAUCACACAGAAUUUUACGACAUCACAGUUAGCAGCCGUUCGACAGCUAGAUUCUCCGGACGACAUUCCCUCUGCAUGUCCUCAAAACUUCAAUCUAUUCUCGGAGUGUUUUGCCGCCAUCGCAUUCUAUGACAUCCCUGCUAACGGAAACGCUACGAAUCCUAUCAACUACACUAUCCGUGCCGACGCUGGGCUUGCUCAUAUAGACGUCGUCAAGCACUCGAGUGAUUUUGAGGAGCGCAUCCUUCCCUUACAGUGGGCAAUAGACCAAGCUAUCAUUGAACUCAAGACCGGUGAACGAGCUCCUACCCCCAUUCAGUGGCCUUUCACCCAGGAAACUAACGAGGAACGAGAUACACGUACUCGUCUGAGUUACAUUCGUGGGCUCCGAACGCUACUUGUAUUACUACUGUUUAUAUGUUUUGUUGGGAUAUCCUAUCAGCUGCCUGGUGCUGUUACUGCAGAGCGCGCUAAUCUUGUCACUGCGCAUAUGAAGGCUAUGGGUCUCCUAGACUUGGCCAGAAUCUUAUCUUGGCAUAUAAGCCUCUCCCUAGCGUAUCUUCCAGCAUGGGUCAUUGUAUCUUUGAUCUGGCACUACCGGAUUUUCUCAAAGACCAACGCCGGAUUGGUAGUCGUUGUUCACCUUCUCCUUGGCCUGUCAUUAGCUAGCUGGUCCUUCUUCGUUGCAGCACCAUUCGGGAAGAGUCCUCAACUAGCUGCAGUGGCAUCGACAUUUUUGGCCAUCCUCUUUGCCAUAAUAGCUCUGGUACUUAGCCACGCCGGUAAUGUGGCGGGGUUCAUCUUCACUAUACUUUUCCCACCCGGAUACUACAUUUUUGCCAUACGAGCUAUGUGUGGAUUUGAGAAUAACAUGCUCGCAACAAACGUACUGCAGGGCGACCCAGAUAAUGGUCUUCUCCUACUGCCUCUUCUUAUUGCGGCUAUCGUUAACAUAGUUUUGUGGCCUAUACUCGCUGCUCUCCUCGAAAGACGGCUAUACGAUGCUCGAAACCCUUCGAAGCCAAAAGAUGUCGAAGAAAAGCAUUCUAUUCCCGACAACGUAGCAGUCUCUAUCAAGAAUCUUGGCAAGACAUUUUCGGCAUCUCUGCUUAGGCCCAAGAAGGACAUUGUCACCGCGGUCGACGACCUGACCCUUGACAUACCAAAGCAUGGCAUUUUUGUUCUUUUGGGAUCUAACGGGGCCGGGAAAUCAACAGUGCUUUCCAUACUGGGAGGGCUUACAGGUCGUACCCGGGGUUCCAUGCUUUUUGAGGGUGCAGUUCAGCGUCCGCGGCCUGGGACAAUUGGCAUAGUUUCCCAGAAGAAUGUCCUCUUCCCAGAGCUUACGUGUUACCAAACCCUACGUGUUUGGCGGGCAGUAAAAUGGUCGGGUGACAACUCCGGUGACGAAGAUAUUGAACAGCUAUUGAAAGAUUGUGACCUGGAGCAGAAGAUCCAUGCAAAUGCGAGCACCCUGUCCGGCGGACAGAAACGAAAACUGCAACUGGCCAUUGGUCUUAUCGGAAGCUCUAAAGGUAGUCACAGUUUAUGUUUGUGUUGUACCUCCGGGGUUGAUCCUCUGUCGCGCAGAGCACUUUGGAGGACUCUGACUUCUUUUCGGCAAGAGCGGACUAUCAUAUUCACCACUCACUUUUUAGAUGAAGCGGAUCUAUUGGCGGACAACAUUGCCAUCCUCGCAGCACCAGGAAAACUGGUCGCGAAUGGUUCCCCGGUAUCUCUCAAACGCGACCUUGGCGAAGGGUAUGUCAUCCAAGUAACAUUCCGUUCGUCUCCGAAAGGAGAAGAAUCGCAAGUAUCGACCCAUUUGCUCCAUCAAAUCCGCAAUGAUGUCCCGUCCGCAUAUUUGUCCACGCCAGCCCCCAAUCAGGUAUCAUAUCACCUGAAGUCCAAACAUUCAAGCGACGUCGAAAAGGUACUCCAGAUCCUCGAAAAUGAAAAGGAUGUGUUGAACAUCGCAUCGUACGAUGUCACAGGAACCACCAUUGAAGACAUAUUCCUCGACCUUAUGGCAAAAAACGACCCUCAAGCAUUCGACGAAAAGUGUACACACCACAGCAUGCCCUCCUCUUUUUAUGUAGAGGAUCUACCUUCCUUGCAGCUUUCAAAUGGACGUCGCAUGUCUCCACUUCAACAGGCCAAGACGAUAUUUGUCAAGAGGACACUGAUCGCUCGAAGAAGCUGGCUGGUUCCGACAUUGUCUGUCCUCGUGGCUAUCGCAGCGUCAACCAUUCCCUUGGUGUUCAUCCGUGGACGGCAACCUUCAUGCGUAAAAAUGUUCUCCAAUUCGACCAGCAUCCCACUGUAUCUUCCGAUAUCUCCUAUGGCAUCUGUGAUUAGUCUCGGUGCUCAGGUUCUGAACGCACCUCCCGGUCUUAUUUCCACCCUGGGGAAUAGCACGUUUAGUCUAUCUGCGGCGGACAUUCUCGACAACAGUACGUUCGUUGACACAAUUCGCCAAAAUUAUCGUGCUUUAGCCUUGGGCGGGGUAUCUAUGAACUUGAGUACGGGAUCAUCGCUACUUGCUUGGGAAGCAACACAGCCCGGCCUCACAGGUACUGCUAUGCUUAACCUUGUGAGCAACAUCCUGUAUAACAACGCGUUGAACUCCACCGGCCAAAGCGCCAGCUUCCCGACGAUCAUACAAGCGAGCUACGAGAGUUUCCCAGCGAUCGCAGCUGGAACACUCGUUGCUCUCAAGUGGGUCGCGUUCUUCGGUGCUGCUAUGUCUGUGUAUCCAGCUUUCUACGCCUUGUAUGUAUCAAGAGAACGCCGUUCAGCUGUUCAGGCGAUGCAAUUUUCCAAUGGGCUAUCAGACCCUGUGGGUCUUUGGAUAGGCCACCUUCUUUUCGAUACCAUUUUCGCUGUCAUCUCUUCUACAAUUAUCAUUAUUAUCUUUGCAGCUGCUUCGGACCAGUUCCAUGGAUUGGGAUUAUUAUGGCUUGUCAUGGUAUUGUACGGCAUCGCAGCGACCUUGUUCGCAUACUGUGUAUCCUUGGUGGUGGCCACACCACUAGCUGCUUUUGCUGCUGUAGCCGCUUACGAAAUUAUCGUGUUUGUGCUGUAUCUGGCCGGUUAUCUACUGACCCUCACCUAUGCCAAAACGUCUGAGGCCAAUAAUAUCAUUACGAUCAUCCACUUCACCCUCUCGGUGUUGUCACCAAUCGCUAGUGUGACUCGAGCUGCGCUGGUAUCCGUCAAUCUCUUCUCGCUGCUUUGUACAGGCAGCGGGACCGUGUCUGCAUCGCAUAUGGCGACUAUCAUGCGAUAUGGAGGACCUAUCGUCUACUUGAUUGUGUAUAUCUUUGUUCUUCUCGGCAUUCUGGUAUGGGUGGAUUCCGGCUCAUCGCUACCUCGAAUCUGGUCUCGAAAAGCCUUUCAAAGAAAAACCUCGGUCCCCCUGAGCCAACAGCUAGACGUUCUCGCUGAAGCGGAUCACGCUGCAUCUUCCAGCGACCUCCUUCGCGUUCUUGGGAUUACUAAAACAUUUGGUGAUAGCAAAGUUGUAGAUGAUGUCACUUUGAGCGCCUCCCCUGAUACGGUUUUUGCGCUUCUCGGACCGAAUGGCGCUGGUAAGACAACAGCUUUCAAUGUCAUCCGAAGAGCGCGAUUUUCUCUGGGUGUUUGUCCUCAAUUUACCGCUAUAGACUCUCAGCUCACUGUCAGGGAACACCUGGAGAUAUAUGGAAGAUUGAAAGGUUUAGGAAAAGAAACAGAACUUCUUAGUAACGUGGACUCGUUGCUUAAGGCGACCGCUCUUGCCGCAUAUGCAGAUCGGCUAGCCAGUAAACUUUCAGGCGGAAACCAAAGGAAACUGUCUCUUGCAAUUGCUUUGAUUGACAUGUGGAAGACUCUUAGGAACGUCGUCGUAGGUAAAGCAGUCAUGAUCACUACGCAUUCGAUGGAAGAGGCAUCUGCUUUGGCAAAUAAGGUUGGCAUACUGGCGAAGCGCCUUCUCGCUGUCGGCACUACGGAAUCCCUAUCAGCGCGCUAUCCCACAUACGAAGUCCACUUCACCUGUCGAACGCGUGAAGAGAUUACCAAAGCUCAAAUUCUAAUGGCGCAUAUACCCGGGACACGUAUGGCCGAUGAUGUCGCCACCCGAUUCGAGGUUCCUAUAAGUGAUGGCUUCUCACUUGCCCAGCUAUUCCAAGUCUUAUCCAGACACGGAGACUUCUCCGAAUAUACGGUGGAGAGGGCAACUCUGGAGAGCGUUUUUCUAAAAGUUAUUCGAGAGAAUAACGUGUCGGAGGAGGAUCAUGUUCGACAGCGUAGACGAUGGUGGUUCCCAUGAUCGUUUUACAAUAGCAAGCAAUAAUAUUAACAAAUCCUGGCGUAUAUCUAGUGAUGGUAUGUGCAUGCCCUAUAGAUGUUCCGAAUACUUACAUGUGGUACGUCCCAACAACAUACAUAAAUUACCAUCUCUACCACUGAAGCCACUCUCCAUACAUGUUCGGCCGCUCGCCUCGAAUGUACGACUCGAAAGUUCUUUUAAUGACUGUCGCCCAGUCCAAAUCCCGUUUAUCCUCCGCCACCUUGUCCUGCCACGGUUCCUCAUUUGUAUCCGUCGUUGAUGUUGGCAUCGCCGAUUCACUAUUUAGAGCUCGUCGGGCCUGCUCUUCGACCGCCUUGAACCGUGGUCCGAGAUCAGGCCAGUUUCGUGAGGGAUCAAAGGGUCGCCACCUUUUCAACGAAAU